AGACGUGCAUGAUUGAUAAUUUUGUCCGACAGCUUCAAUUGUAUACUCAAAGAGCAGCCAUGUUCGUAUGUACCGAAGAUUCCGCUCCGCGAACGUAGAGCUGGCCCUUGCCCUGGUCAACAAGCACCAUGGGCCCUUGAGGAUACACGACCGGUCACACACCACUAUCAUAGGCACAAGGCGAUCGCAGUAUCAUCAGGGGCGCCAUCUAUCCAAGUGCUCACAAUGCCGAGUCCUUUCCACGUAACCCCAUGGGAAGCCCUUGAUCCCUUCGACACAUUGCCCAUCAGCAUGCCUCUCAGGUCGAAGGAACUUCUUCACUACUUUUUUCAAGCUGGACACCCCCUUAGUCCGGUACCCGGAAACCCGGAUGAUUGUAUUGCAUCAGCUACUUCCGAUGCGGAUGUUCUGCAAAAUACGAUACUGAUAUCAGGCCUUCACUACGCAUGGAAUAAGGGCGAUCUCUGUUCAUUCGAAUCCACUUUCGUCUCCCAAAAGAUCCAGUGCAUACGACAGGUCAACUCUUGGCUUGUCACCACGUCACACGAACGAGAUAUCAUGCGUUGCGCAAAGUACAUCAGUACGCUCUGCUUCAUAGAGUGUUGCCUAGGAAAUCUGGCUAUUGCCGAAUCUCACCUUAAAGGUCUCAUGACUUACCUGGAUUCUCAGCGAGCGGAAACCCCCGGUCAACACAUAAUUGGUGAUAUUGAAGUUGAGCAGAUGAACCGCUAUCUUAUUCUAGAUUACAACGUCGUCCACUGCUUGAAGAGCCGCUCAGAUGACACUCUUGCUGCCUCCGCAUCAUCUCAAGGCAAAAAGCCACACUCAGAUCCUAGAGGGUUGGCCCACUUGAUACAUGGAUGGCCUAUCCACGAGGCCAGUGAUCUGGAUCUUCGUCUCAGGGCUCUCCGAAUGGUGCCUUUCUUUUUCAGCUCCGUGCCGCAAGGUAGAAAACCAAAGAACAUUGAUAUGUACCCGACUAUUACAGCUCUUCGGAAUAUUACCAAGCUCGCAGACACAAGACAUGUGAAAGCAUCUGCUGACGUAGUUCUCACCACGCCCUGGAAGGUUUGGGAUAGUGGUGGCCCAGCCGACCUACUGUUCGCAGUCAUUAGCACCCAUACAUCAUCAUUCGCCGACAAGAUUCAGCUCCCGCCUCACGGAAAACAAGCCUUCAUAUCAUCGUGGUCUGGAUUCUGUGCGGGCGUCGGCAUGUACCUGAUUGCCGUCCUUGGGAUCUGGAAUCAGGGCCUACCAAUGGAGAAGCAACUGCAUUACCAUAUACUUCGAAUUCUUACACAGGAUUUGAGAAGCGACUUGGUCAAACUCCAAAGUAUGAGCCGAGAGACACGCGACACGUGGCUCUGGAAAGCAUUUGUCGGAUCAUUAAGUGUGAUUCAUGCCCAGCUAUUUAUCUGCGACAAGCGCCUCGAUCCCAUACUGGAGGAAUUAGCCAGCUUCAUUCGGAAAUGGGUCAAGAUUACCGGCGUUGUUGCAUGGUCUGGAGCCAGGGAAAUAUUGAGCCGCGUUGUGUGGCCAGUCAGUUUAGAUCGCGAGAAUACGUUUGAGUCAUUGUGGGUAAGGCUAGUCUAGCAAUCCUCAAACCUCAUCAAAGAGCUCCUCCUGAU